AUGGUAUACAUCCGGCAAUGGAAUCUCAACGCUCUGCGGGAGUACAAGUACUCCUCCGUGGAUAAGUCGCUCGUUUCGAAAUAUAUCCUAAAACCUUUCUAUUCAAAUGUGGUUAUCAAGUGUUUUCCCAUGUCUAUGGCGCCGAAUCUCAUAACGUUGACUGGGUUCUCCUUCGUCGUCAUUAAUUUCCUCACCCUGCUAUGGUAUAACUCGGGCCUGGAUACCGAUUGCCCGCGGUGGGUGUAUCUAAGCUGGGCGAUUGGUCUAUUCCUAUACCAGACUUUUGAUGCUGUGGAUGGAGCUCAAGCCCGGAGAACGCGCCAGAGCGGACCAUUGGGAGAACUCUUCGAUCAUGGGGUUGACGCCUGCAACACUGCUCUCGAAGUUCUUCUCUUUGCGGGUGCCGUAAACCUAGGAUAUACAUGGCUGACUGUCCUUGCCCUUUUUGGCUGCCUGUUUACCUUCUAUGUUCUCACUUGGGAAGAGUAUUACACCCAAACCUUGACACUAGGAAUAGUAUCCGGCCCGGUCGAAGGUAUCCUGGCGCUCUGCUUGGUCUACAUCUUCACCGCCAUCAUGGGAGGUGGCAGCUUUUGGCACAAGCCCAUGCUCCCGACAUUGGGCUUUCCUCAGAUUCCACUAAUCCCAGACCAUGUUUACAACCUUCCUUUUACUUCGGCAUGGAUCGUCUACGGCGGAGUUAUCCUCUUUUUUAACACCGCUGUCAGUAUUUACACCGUCGUUGAAGUUCGACGAAAGCGAAGCUUAAACCCUUGGACACCCUUACUUGGCCUCCUGCCCACUGCCGCUGUUUGGUUCUUAGUCAUGUCGUACCUCUACCUACAGCCUGUGAUCCUCAAGUAUCACCUCGUUCCAUUCUCCUUGUUUGUUGGCAUGAUCAAUGCUUAUUCCGUUGGGCGAAUGAUCAUUGCACACCUGGUGAAAACGAGCUUUCCGUACCACAACGUUCUGCUGCUUCCGCUUCUUCUUGCGGUACUAGACAGUGCUGCAACCCAGGCAGGUUUGCCAUGGGGCGGAUAUCUUGGUAAUAGCACCUACCAAGUAGCCUUCGUUUUCGGAUGCCUGGGCCUCGGCGUGGGCGUGUAUGGAAGUUUUGUCUAUGAUGUAGUCACCACGAUUUGCGAUUACCUGGAUAUUUGGUGCCUGACAAUCAAGCACCCUUUCACCGAGAGAAUGAACGAUGCCCACAGUAUCAUCAACAACAGCAACAAAGGCAAAUCCGCUUAA